UUAACAAACCCUGCGGGUGCUGAGGAUGUACGGUGCCGUUUGAGACACAUUUCCCCAGAAAGAGAGGCUGGUGGGAAGAUUCCACUGAGCUGAGAGAAGCCCCCCAGAGCUGACCUUCUCCAGCCUCCAUUUGGCUGAAAUUUCACCUUUUCUUUUCUUUUGAAAGGGGAAGCUCAAAAGAAACAUGAUGCCCUGGGCUUUACAGAAGAAACGAGAAAUCCACAUGGCCAAGGCCCGUCGGAGACGAGCUGCGAGGUCUGCUCUCCCCGUGAGACUCACCAGCUGCAUCUUCCCGAGGCCGGUGACAAGGAUCAGGUCUCAUCCUGACAACCAGGUCAGACGCAGAAAAGGGGAGGAGCACCUGGAGAAGCCACAGCAACUCUGCGCCUACCGGAGAAUGCAGGCCCUGCAGCCCUGCAGCAGCCAAGGCGAAGGUUCGAGUCCACUGCAGUUGGAGAACGUCUUCAGUAUCCUCGCACCGGGGAUGGCCGGUGAAUCUCUGGACAGGGCUGGAGCUGAGCGUGUGCACAGGCUGCCCGAGUCCACCCCUGGGCAGUUUCCAGCUGUGGCAGGGGGGCCAACCCCAGGAGUGGGUUGUCAGCUCCCACCGCCCCUCUCGGGCCAACUGGUGACUCGUGCAGAUAUCCGGAGACAGACCAGGAGGGUGAAGAAAGCCAGGGAGAGAUUGGCCAGAGCCUUGCAGGCAGACGGGCUGGCCAGGCAGGCAGAAAUGCUGACGGGUGGAUGAACUGCAGGAGGAGGGGGCGCUGAGAAGCUGUUGGGGGUGUGGUCCCAGAGUUGGAUGCUGGUCCUCUUUCCUACUCUCAAUUGUUACACUUUGUACUUCCCCACCUGUUCUUUAUUAAAAGCAUUUGAAAGGCAA